AUGUCAAAAAACCCCUUUGCGCAAAUCGAUCCCAAGCUCACAGACGAGCCAGAGUCUUACGUGCCCGAUGACCAAGUCCAGGACAACUCCUCCUACGUGACGCGCGCAAAGGAGCCGGUGCCGGUGCAGGGAGACGAUGCUGCUGUCGAGGACCCUGUCAGCGAGUCCAAGGCCAACAGUCGCGCGCAGUUGGAGCGGGAUGAAAACGAGGCUAUUGAUGAAUCUAACAUGGUCAAAGGUAGGACUCGAGGAGCCAAGCCAAGAACGGGCAGCUACAAGGAAUGA